CCCGUACAAAAACAUUUACGAACCAACACACAAAUAAACAACUAUAAACAUAGCCACAAAAUUCAAAUAAAUAAUUAAAAUUCGGCAAUCUUUUCGCCCUACAUUGAUAUAAGUUUAAUGAACUCGUGCGUUUAAGAAUAAAAAGUAUUUUUUUUGUUACACGACAGUGUUCAUUGUGACGUCUCGGAGUAAAGGAAUUAAUUUAAAAAAAAACAAUAUAUCAAAAUGUUGCCAUUAUUGAUAUUGUUCAUAUUGACAUCCGCUUACGCAGAAAACUGUUCCUAUAAGUACGAAGGUAUCAAAUUAUCUAAACGAUCAAUUUUGACAAUAAAAGGUCUACCGACGAACCUCGUCAUCAACCCAAACAAUAGGGAUCUUUUUUUCACACUAAUUGACAUAGACACACUACAAGAUGACGAUGUACAAACAGAAAUGGAUCAAUACGUCCUGAGGGAUGGGGAACCAAUCAAAAUUGACAAUAUCAACGGUCAAGCAGCAGCUGUUGAUGUAAUAAAGAAUAAAGUCUACAUCGCAAGCGAUGAUGGUUUAACUGUACUAAAUAAAUCAGAUAAAGCUAAUUUCGUUGCAUUCAAAGAUGAAGAUAUAACUCAGCUAUUCAAGCCAGUUAAUAGUGAUAAGUUAUACGCCGUUCUAUUCCCAGAGAGCAUGGUUUAUAAAAUUGAUGUUAAGGAAAACGAAAAAACUAAAAUAGAAAACGUGCCAUGCGCCUUUAUGUUAGCUGUCGACGCUGAAGAGAAUAUAUUUUUCGAAUGCGAUUCAAAGUACGUUAAGGUAUUAUUAAAAGAUUUCCAAGAACCAAUUGAAUUUGUUGGUAUACCAAAGAACUCGGCCAGAGCGAUAACAAUCGAUGAUAAAAAUCGAGUGAUUCUAGCUGCAAAUGAUGGAGUUUACUGGUUAAAGUCAGAUUCCUUGAUCCCCAAGAAAUUGAUGAACUUAGAUUUCAUACCAUCGGGAAUAGCAUUUUACGGUGAAAAUUUAUAUUUGUCAACGAGUGGGGCUAUUUAUGAAUUUAGUUUUACGGUUUGCGAAUGAUAAACAUACGUAUAUAAUAAAUAUUUUUUAAGUA